GCUGCCCCCAACCCGACCACUUUCACCACCACAACCAUCCACUCCCACACAUCUCACCCACAGUCAUUGAUUGAUUCAAUAUCUUUUACAAACAUCUAUCCACCCUCUUCAAUUACUACCACCAACCCUCGUCACUAUGCCACCAAAGGCUGCUGCUGCUGCACCAAAGGCCAAGGCCGCCUCCGACCAUGCCUCAUACCAAGGUGAGCUUCUUCCUCCACAACACCACGUCGCGUUUCGAUUUUGCAUUGGCAAAGUCAAUCGCCCGACGCUGGUGCAGCUACUCAUGUAUUUGGCUUGUAACGAACUGUAUUUUCUGACGCGCUUAUCACAGACAUGAUCACUGAUGCUAUCGUCACCCUCAAGGAUGUAAGUUAUAUCCCUCGCUACAUAACAAAGACCCUCACUAACAAUUCACUCAGCGCAACGGUUCAAGGUACGACUCUUCCUCUUCCAUAUACUCGAGCUUCGCCUCGCUUCCAAUCCAGCCGGACUCGACGCGUCUUUUGCUAGUAGGGGAUAAUUGUACUGACUUUCGCAUAGCCGAAUUGCCCUCAAGAAAUAUGUUACCGCCAACAACAAGGUCAAUGCUCAAGGAAAGAUGUUUGACUCCUUGUUCAACAGAGCAUUGGCCGAGGGUGUGAAGAAGGGCGUCUUUGCCCAGCCCAAGGGUACGUCUGACAAUAACAUUGUCCGAUCGCGUUCAAUAUACUCACAACUCUAUAGGUGCAUCUGGUGGAACCAAGCUUGCAAAGAAGGAGCCAAAACCAGCCGCUGCUAAGGCCGCUAAGCCAAAGGCUGCAGCAAAGACUGAAAAGAAGCCUGCCGCUAAGAAGGCCGCACCCAAGAAGGAGGCUGCUCCUAAGAAGGAGACCGCCACCAAGAAAGCUGCCGCACCAAAGAAGGCUGCUGCUACCACCACCAAGAAGGCCGCCGCUCCCAAGAAGGAGGCCGCUCCAAAAGCUGCUGCUCCAAAGAAGCCUGCCGCAAAGAAGGAAACAGUCAAGAAGGCACCAGCCAAGGCCAAGGCAGUAAGUCAAAUUUAUCGCUCCAACUCAACACUGAUCUAACAUGUACAGUCACCCGCCACUGAGGAGAAAUCUGCUGUCACCAGCAAAACCAAGUCUGGACGCGUGACCAAGACCAAGUCACCAACAGCAAAGAAGGCCGCCCCAGCUAAGAAAGCUGCUGCACCUAAAAAGGCUACCCCAAAGAAGGCAACACCCAAGAAGGCAUGAGUUUAUUGAUGACUUGUGUUUUUCACGGAUUCCCUUUUUGUCACGGUUGGGUUGUUCAUAUGGCGUUUCUGGGAUGGGUAUGCGCGACGUGAUGGGGAUAUCACGCGUGUUGUUUUAACGGAUUUUUGUUUGAUCUCCUAUUAGGGAAUAGCUUCGCUUUAGUAUUGAUGAUGGGAGGAUGCUAGGGGUUCUGCUUCUUUCUCUUCUCUAUUGUUGACGGCUUUUUGCUGUACACAACCUUGACAGCGAAUAGACGGAAAGUAGGGCCGGACGGGAGGCGAAUAUUGGGCAGCGAUGCGAUGGGGGUGUACUGGAUGGAUGGGGCUUGUGUAUUAUACCAGAUUUCGGCCAAUGACACACAGAAAAUAUUUCCAAA